AAAUAUUCACUAGCCACACCAGUACUUCGUCUCUCCCAGUUGCACACCCAGCUAGUUCAUAAACCCCGCCAUUAUCAUAAACCUCUGAUCAUUCAACUGUUGUCAAGCUCCUUGCAAUUGGCGUUCGGAGUGAUAAUUUAAGAGAAAACAAUGGCAGCUCCUAAUAUUAGUAGUAAGAAGAAGAACACGAAAUCAAAAGAUGACAGUACUAAAUUUAACAAAGCUUCGAAAAAAUCGUUUAAACCUAAAAAGAAAGACUCAAACGACCGCGUUUCGUCUGAAGCUAUUGGUUUGCAGCUUGAAGAUGAUGUCCCCGACUUUCCUAGAGGUGGAGGAAGCUCGCUAAGUCAUAGAGAGCGGGAGCAAAUUCGUGCGGAGGUUGAUGCGGAAUUUGAGUCUGACGAGAGAGUUUUGGCGAAGAAGAAUAUUAAUAGUAAAGGGAAGAAAUUGCAAAAUAAGAGUCAUUCUGAAGCUGAUGAUUUUGGCUCCCUUUUUGGUGAUGGGCUAACCGGCAAACUACCUCGAUUUGCAAAUAAGAUCACAUUCAAGAAUAUAUCUCCUGGAAUGAAGCUUUGCGGAAUGGUUGCUGAAGUAAAUGAGAAGGACCUUGUAAUUAGUCUUCCUGGGGGAUUACGUGGAUUAGUGCGUUCUGCUGAUGCGCUUGAUCCUGUUUUUGGCGAUGAAAUAGAGGACAUUGCAAGUAAUCUUCAAAAUAUAUUCUACACUGGGCAGUUGGUUUCAUGCACGGUCUUGCAGUUAGAUGUGGACAAGAAAGAUAGUGGGAAAAGAAAAAUCUGGCUUUCUUUGCGCCUUUCAUUAUUGCAAAAAGGGUUUUCACUAGAUGCCGUCCAGGAAGGGAUGGUCCUCACUGCCUAUGUUAAAAGUGUUGAAGAUCACGGCUUCAUUCUCCAUUUUGGAUUGCCUUCAUUUAUGGGUUUCUUGCCAAAGAACAGCCAAGAUGAAAGCAGGUCUCUUGAAUUGAAAACGGGGCAACGCCUGCAAGGAAUUGUUAGAAGCAUUGACAAAGUUCGCAAAGUUGUUUAUCUCAGUUCUGAUCCUGAUACAGUGUCUAAAUGUGUGAUGAAGGAUCUUAAAGGGAUUUCAAUUGAUCUACUUCUUCCAGGCAUGUUGGUUCAUGGUCGUGUUAUGUCAACACUGGAAAAUGGAAUAAUGUUAUCAUUCCUUACAUAUUUUAGUGGAACUGUUGAUAUUUUUCAUUUACAAAAUACAUUUUCUGCCUCAAACUGGAGAGAUGAUUACUACACUAAUAAGAAGGUCAAUGCUAGGAUAUUAUUUGUCGAUCCUGCAACUAGAGCUGUUGGCUUGACCCUCAACCAACAUCUUGUUCACAAUGAUGCUCCUCCAACACAUGUCAGAGUUGGAGAUAUUUAUGACAAUGCAAAAGUAGUUAGGGUGGACAAAAGCAUAGGUCUUUUGCUUGAAAUUCCUUCCACUCCAGUAUCUUCCCCAGCAUACGUUGCUAUAUCUGAUGUGGCUGAAAAUGAGGUGCGGAAUCUUGAGAAAAAAUUUAAGGAGGGAAGUAAAGUUCGUGUUCGGAUUCUAGGGUACAGGCAUUUGGAAGGGCUUGCUACAGGGAUUUUGAAGGCAAGUGCUUUUGAAGGCCCUGUAUUCACCCAUUCAGAUGUGAAGCCUGGGAUGGUUGUGAGAGCCAAGAUCAUGUCUGUUGACACCUUUGGUGCUAUAGUGCAAUUUCCUGGUGGCUUGAAGGCGCUUUGUCCUCUUCGCCAUAUGGCUGAAUUUGAAAUUACGAAGCCUAAAAAAAAAUUUAAGGUUGGAGCUGAACUGUUAUUUCGAAUACUUGGUUGCAAGUCCAAGAGAAUCACCGUCACGCACAAGAAAACACUUGUCAAAUCAAAACUUCCAAUUCUUAGCUCAUAUGCUGAAGCAACAGAUGGGCUAAUAACACAUGGUUGGAUAACAAAGAUUGAAAAGCAUGGCUGCUUUGUCCAUUUUUACAAUGGAGUCCAAGGAUUUGUUCCCAGAUGCGAGCUUGGAUUAGAACCAGGAAAUGAUGCAAAUUCAGUGUAUCAGGUUGGGCAAGUUGUCAAAUGCAGGGUAUUGAGUUCUCGUCCUGCUUCACAUCGAAUCAACCUUAGUUUCAUAAUGAAGCCUACAAGGGUUUCUGAAGAAGAUGCUGUCAAAUUGGGUAGUGUUGUUGCCGGAGUUGUUGACAGAAUAACACCCAAUGAUGUUAUAGUAUAUGUUAAUCCCAAAGGUCAUAUGAGGGGUACAAUUUCGACUGAGCAUUUGGCUGAUCGCCAUGAGCAAGCUACUUUGUUGAAGUCGGUGCUGAAGCCUGGUUAUGAGUUUGAUCAACUUGUGGUCUUAGAUAUUGAGAACAAUAAUUUGGUUCUCUCUGCAAAAUAUUCUCUCGUGAAGUCGGCUCAUCAGCUUCCUUCAGAUCUCUGUCAAAUUCAUCCUCAGUCGGUAGUCCAUGGGUACAUUUGUAAUGUAAUUGAAAAUGGCUGCUUUGUUCGAUUUCUUGGGCGUUUGACUGGUUUCUCCCCUAAAAGCAAGGCAAUGGACAACCAAAAUGCUCAGCUUUCUGAAGCAUUUCACAUUGGACAAUCUGUUCGCAGCAACAUAAUUGAUGUAAGCAGUGAAACAAACAGAGUAACACUGUCCUUGAAGCAGUCAUGCUGUUCAUCUACAGAUGCCUCCUUUCUUCAUGAAUAUUUUUGUCUGGAGGAGAAGGUUGCUAAGCUGCAAUCUUCAGGCUCCAAAGGACCUGACUUAAAGUGGGUUGAAGCUUUUAACAUGGGCAGUAUCGUGGAGGCAAAAGUGCAGGAGUCUAAAGAAGUCGGACUUGUUGUCAGCUUCGAUGGAUAUAAUGAUGUUCUCGGUUUUAUCACACAUUAUCAAUUAGGUGGAGCUACAGUGGAACCAGGAUCAACUUUUCGAGCUGCAGUUCUUGAUGUUGCCAGGACUGAACAGAUUGUUGACUUAUCUCUGAAGCCAGAGUUUGUAUCUAAACUCAGUAAUGAGAAUUCUAAUAGCCAAACUCACAAGAAGAAACGCAAAAGAGAAAUGUCUAAGGACUUAGAGGUGCAUCAAACAGUAAAUGCUAUUGUGGAGAUUGUGAAAGAGAACUACUUGGUCGUCUCAAUUCCUGAUCAUAAUUACACUAUAGGAUAUGCGUCAGUAUCAGACUACAACACACAGAAGCUUCCACAGAAACAAUUUCUUAAUGGACAAAGUGUCGCUGCAACUGUUAUGGCACUUCCAGGCUCUUCAACUGCAGGGAGGUUGCUUUUGCUUUUGAAAUCAAUAAGUGAGAUAACUGAGACAUCCAGUUCAAAGAAGGCAAAAAAGAAGUCUAGCUAUAAUGUGGGAUCCCUGGUUCAGGCAGAGAUAACUGAAAAAAGGCCUCUUGAAAUGAGGUUAAAAUUUGGUAUUGGUUCUCGAGGGAGGAUCCAUAUAAAUGAGGUAAAUGAUGAUUGUGCUAGGGAAGAUCCAUUUACUAAUUUCAAAAUUGGCCAAACAGUCACCGCCCGUAUUGUUGCGAAGGGUAGCAAGGCAGAUAAAAACCAGCUGUGGGAGUUGUCUAUCAAACCAAAAAUGCUUACAGAUCUAUAUGAAUCAGGGGAUAAGUCUACAUCAGAGGUUGAACUUUCCACCGGGCAGCUUGUAAAUGGUUAUGUGUAUAAAGUGGACAAAGAGUGGGCCUGGUUAACAAUAUCUCGACAAUUAGAAGCUCAACUUUUUAUUCUUGACACUGCAUGUGAGCCCAGUGAACUUGAGGAUUUUCAGAAACGCUUUUUUGUGGGAAAGUUAGUUAGUGGCUACAUUUUAAGUUAUUACAAGGAGAAAAAGUUGUUGCGUUUGGUGCAACGUCAGUUACAUUCAGUGUCUAGUGGAUAUGUCAGAGGUGAAGAUCAGAUAGAGGAAAGCUCUGAAAAUGAUGCUCAACAUAAUAAUACUGCAGCUCAUAUUAAUGAAGGAGAUAUAAUAGGUGGCAGGAUUUCCAAAAUACUUCCUGGUAUUGGUGGCUUACUAGUGCAAAUUAGUCCAAAUCUGCAUGGCAGAGUUCAUUUUACUGAACUUCAAGACUCCUGGGUGCCUAAUCCUUUGUCUGGAUUUCAAGAAGGGCAAUUCGUCAAGUGCAAGGUCCUGGAGAUCAGUCGUUCAGUCAAGGGAACUACUCAUAUUGAUUUGUCAUUAUGUUUCCUUUCAAAAGGCAUGCUUAAUGAGAAUCCAAGUGAACUUUCAAAAAAUCAGGACCAGCGCGUGGAAAAGAUUGAGGAUGUUCCGCCUAAUUCUGUAGUACAGGGUUAUGUCAAGAAUGUGACAUCAAAAGGAUGCUUCAUUUGGCUCUCAAGGAAGAUUGACGCCAGAAUUCGAAUCUCAAAUUUAUCUGAUGAAUAUGUUGCUAAUCCAGAAAAAGAAUUCCCAAUUGGGAAACUUGUAAGUGGAAGGGUAUUAUCUGUGGAACCUUUGUCCAAGAGAGUUGAAGUUAGCUUGAAGACAUCGAGUGGAAAAAGCGCAGCAAAAUCUGAACUUAAUGAUUUGAGUCGUUUACAUGCUGGAGAUAUAGUGUUUGGAAAAAUUAGAAGGGUGGAAUCAUAUGGCCUGUUUAUUGCUAUUGACCACACAAACUUGGUUGGACUAUGCCAUGUCUCAGAGCUUUCAGAUGACCAUGUUGACAAUAUUGAAACUAAAUAUCGAGCAGGGGAGAAAGUAACUGCAAAGAUAUUGAAGGUAGAUGAAGAAAGACGCCGAAUCUCUCUGGGAAUGAAAAAUUUGGAUAAUGGAAAUGAUACUGACGUUAAAGAAGAAUCUAGUGAGGCCAUUAGUGAAAAAGAUCACAUUGAUGACAGUAGUUCUAAACUACUUGAGAGCAGUUCACAUGAAAUUGAAGGAAUGGAUAUUGAAUCUGAAGAUGAAGAGUUAGCAGUUCUUGCUCAGGCAGAAUCAAGGGCUUCUGUUCCUCCUCUUGAUGUCACCCUUGAUGAUGUGGAGCAUUCUGACAUUGAUGGCACCAUUGGACAAAAUCUAGAGCACACUGGUGAUGAAAAGACCAUAAAUGAGAAGGAAAUGAGACAGGAAAAGAAGAAGAAGAAGGAAGAGAGGGAGCAAGAAAUUAGAGCUGCUGAAGAGAGGCUGCUUGAAAAGGAUGUUCCAAGAACCCCUGAUGAAUUUGAGAAAUUGGUUCACAGCUCUCCAAAUAGUAGUUUUGUAUGGAUAAAAUACAUGGCUUUCAUGCUUGACCUGUCUGAUAUUGAGAAAGCUCGAUCAAUUGCAGAAAGGGCUCUGAGAACUAUCAAUUUUCGGGAAGAAAACGAGAAGCUAAAUGUCUGGGUAGCCUACUUCAAUUUGGAAAAUGAAUAUGGAAAUCCUCCAGAGGAAGCUGUUAAAAAGGUAUUUCAUAGAGCAUUGCAAUACUGUGAUCCCAAGAAGGUCCAUUUAGCCCUUCUGGGAGUGUAUGAAAGGACUGAGAAGAAUAAAUUGGCUGAUGAACUUCUUGAAAAAACAGUCAAAAAGUUUAAAAAUUCAUGCAAGCUUUGGGUGAAGCGGGUACAGAUGCUUUUGAAACAAGAGCAAGAUGGCGUUCAAUCUGUAGUUCAGCGUGCUCUUUUGUGCCUCCAUCGCAGCAAGCAUAUAAAAUUCAUCUCGCAAGUAGCUAUCCUUGAAUUCAAAUGUGGGGUUCCUGAUAGAGGGCGAUCCAUGUUUGAAGGAAUUUUGCGGGAGUACCCAAAAAGAACAGAUUUGUGGAGCGUUUAUCUUGAUCAAGAGAUUAGACUCGGAGAUGUAGAUGUAACUCGUGCUCUGUUUGAAAGGGCCACUAGUCUGAGCCUCCCAGCUAAGAAGAUGCAAUUCUUAUUCAAGAAAUAUCUCGAGUUUGAGAAGUCUAAUGGCGAUGAAGGACAAAUCGAGUCGGUGAAGAAGAAGGCUAUGGAAUAUGUUGAGAGCACAAUGGCAUGAUAGCGGGUGAUCCUCCCCUUUCCUAAUAUCAUAACUGACGCUGAAGCUAUUCUAAAGAUAUUGAUAUACAGAAGUUUGCUAAGGAGUUUUUGCAUGGAGCAGCAUUUUUGGCAAUGUAGAGCAAUUUAGAAGAUGAGUAUGUAAAUGGAUAUUCAUGUCCAUAGGUACUGUAAGAUGAAAAGUAAGCUAGUUUGGUAGGCUUUUUGCAUUGGUCAUACUCAACAAAAUGUGAAUUGAGAGCCCUAAUUUUGUCCAUAGGGCUUUUAUUGUACUAUUAUGUUAUUUAUAGAGAAAUUAAGUAGAAUUUUUAAUUA